GUCAAGGGACCUGCACAGGAGAUUCAAUUUUGGGGAAUAAAAUGGCAAGAUGGACGUAGACAGAUCCCCACAGAUGUGAUCAACAAGACAACAGCAAUGUCUCCACCAACUAAUAAGAAAGAAACGCAAGCUUUCGUGGGUGUUGUGGGGUUCUGGAGAAUGCACAUCCCAAAUUACAGUUCGAUUGUAAGCCCUCUCUAUCAUGUGACCCGGAAGAAGAAUGAUUUUAAAUGGGGCCCUGAGCAACAACAAGCCUUUGAGCAAAUUAAACGCGAGCUAGUUCAUGCAGUAGCCCUUGGACCAGUUCGAACCGGGCCAGAUGUAAAAAAUGUACUGUACACUGCAGCUGGGGAGAACGGUCCUACCUGGAGCCUCUGGCAGAAAGCUCCAGGGGAGACUCGAGGUCGACCCCUCGGCUUUUGGAGUCGGGGAUACAAAGGAUCUGAGGCCAGCUAUACCCCAACUGAGAAAGAGAUACUGGCAGCCUGUGAAAGGGUUCGAGCUGCUUCGGAAGUGAUUGGCACUGAAGCACAGCUCCUCCUGGCACCCCGGUUGCCCGUGCUGGGCUGGAUGUUCAAAGGCAGGCUCUCCUCUACACAUCAUGCAACUGAUGCUACAUGGAGUAAAUGGGCUGCACUAAUUACACAACGAACUCGAAUAGGAAAUCUCAGUCGUCCAGGCAUUCUAGAAGUCAUCAUGGACUGGCCACAGGGCAAAGAUUUUGGAAUGUCACCAAAGGAGGAGGUGGUGAUGCGUGCUGAAGAGGCCCCACCAUAUAAUAAACUGUCAGAAAGUGAAAAGCAGUAUGCCUUGUUUACUGAUGGCUCUUGCCGUAUUGUGGGAAAGCAUCGGAGAUGGAAGGCAGCUGUAUGGAGUCCUGGACGACAAGUUGCAGAAACUGCUGACGGAGAGGGUGAAUCGAGUCAGUUUGCCAAGGUGAAAGCCAUCCAGCUGGCCCUGGACAUUGCUGAAUGAGAAAAGUGGCCAGUACUUUAUACUGACUCAUGGAUGGUGGCAAA